UUUUUUUGUGACCCAUCCUUUUACACAAAAUGGCACCAAAGAGGGACGUGAAGAAACCCGCUGCAGCCGCUGCCCCAGCCCCUGCUCCAGCACCUGCCCCUGCCCCUGCCCCAGCCAAACCCAAAGAAGAAAAAAUUGACCUCUCUGCCAUUAAGAUCCAGUUCUCUAAGGAACAGCAGGAUGAAUUCAAGGAGGCAUUUCUCCUGUUUGACAGAACGGGUGAAUCUAAGAUCACCUUGAGCCAGGUCGGUGACGUCCUUCGUGCUCUGGGCACAAAUCCCACCAAUGCAGAGGUCAAGAAGGUCCUGGGAAACCCCAGCAAUGAAGAGCUGAAUGCGAAGAAAAUUGAGUUUGAACAGUUUCUGCCCAUGAUGCAAGCCAUCUCCAACAACAAGGACCAGGGCACCUAUGAGGACUUUGUGGAGGGUCUGCGUGUGUUUGACAAGGAAGGCAACGGCACGGUCAUGGGUGCUGAGCUCCGUCACGUGCUCGCCACCCUGGGGGAAAGAAUGAAGGAGGAAGAAGUAGAAGCCCUGAUGGCAGGUCAAGAAGACUCCAAUGGCUGCAUCAACUAUGAAGCUUUUGUCAAGCAUAUAAUGUCUAACUAAAAGGAGCUCUCAAGAUCAAGCAUUGUUUAGGAAGACUGGCUGGAAACGUAUCUUAAUAACACCCAUGACAAACUGUCCAAAUCUGUUUGCCAUCAUUCAUAAAAACAAAAUCAUGUGGACUGCUCUAGACUGAAGGACUUCCUGAGUUUUUAUAUACCUUCUGUUCCUCUCUGAACUGUAUUUAUCACACAAACCAAAUGCCUCCUGCUCUAGAUGAGAAGGAUAAAAUCCUGAAUAUAAUCUCAAAUCCAAGCACCACUCUUCAUUUUCAACCAUGGGUCAAAGAACAUCCUUAUAAUAAUAAUAAAUAAUUUUGGUCAGUCUAGAAUGUU